AUGAAUUCCAGCCUGGGAGAUCUGGAUGCUACAGAGAACUAUUAUGGGUAUAACGGUACCAUGGCUUCACAUGAAUAUACAGAAGGGAUCACCCCUUCUGUUUUAGGAUGGCUUGCCUUGAGAGGCAUUACUUUAAUUACCUGCUGUUUUGGAUUUGUGGGCAAUGGCUACAUCAUCUGGCUACUUGGCUUCCAGAUGAAGAGAAACUGUUUCACCACAUUCCUCCUUAACUUGGCCAUCACAGACUUUGGGUUCCUCAUGUCUACAGUUAUAUAUGAUAUAUAUGGAUUUAUCGACUUUGAAGAUAGCCCAAUUUUCCUCAUCAUCUGUAUCUUUUUCUUCCAAAUGAUGCAUAUCAACAGUCAGUUCCUUUUGACGGCCAUCAGCAUUGACCGGUGUGUGGCUGUCCUCUUCCCAAUCUGGCAUCACUGUUCCCGGCCAAAACAUUUGUCCUCCACGGUGUGUGUCCUCCUGUGGAUUGCUUCUUUACUCCUGACUGGAAUUAUGAAGAUUAUGACUUUAACAAAUGUCAUUGUAAAUGACGGACUGUCCGUACUCCAUUUCCUUGUGACUGCUAUAGUUUGCCUUCCGCUGAUCUCACUUUCCACUGGGGUCCUUUUCAUCAAGGUGUGUUUUAAAUCGAAUCAGAAGAAUCAGGGUUGGCUUUUACUGAUGAUUUUAAUCACUCUGCUCUGUUUCCUCAUCCUUGCUUUUCCGUUAUAUCUCUUUGUGGUGAUUAUUCAUUUUUUUAAUAUUGAAGUUGAUCCAGAAAUACCGUACUGGGAGACAUGUAUUGUUCUGUUUUCCUGCCUAAACAGCAGCAUUAAUCCAGUGAUCUAUUUUCUAGUUGGGAGGAAAAAAGGAGCUCAGUCCAAGGAGAGCAUGAAGGUCCUUUUGCAAAAGGUCUUCAAAGAAGGUGAAGCUACCAGAGGGAGAUAG